AUGGCAAAUAAAUGUGGUCUCUGCGGGAAGUUCCUUUCUCAAACAGAUUGUGUUAAAUGUUCAAAGUGUCCAUCAGCAUACCAUCGCCAUUGUGUAAACGUUAACCCGGACACGAAAAUUAGUGUAAAGUGGAUGUGCAUGACCUGUAAACCUAAGGCCUCAUGUUCGGGUGUCAAUUUGACGCCGCGGCAAAGUCCAGCACAUGCGGAAACAGAGGUGAUAUCUGAAACAUUUAUGGAUGCAAGGGUGGAGGGUUCUAACGAAGGAUUAUUAGCGCAGGAAACUAGGUUUUUACGAACAGAAUUGCAAACCCUUUCGAGAGAAAUGGUUAAUUUUCGCCAGGAAAUUGGGAAACUGAAUGCCACUAUGUCGGAGUUUAACUCAAGAUUAGACAGCGUUGAAAACCGCGUGACCUGCUUAGAACUUCAAGCGAAGGAUGAAAAAAAGGUUGCACCUGCAAGUAGUUGGUUGAAACUGUGGCUCAACUAA